CGAAGCAUCGCGUGUACCGUACUGUUGUCCGCCAUCGCUGUGACAGUUCCAUGUCAGUGCGUUGUGCGUGUGGUGCAUUUGGUUUCGUGCAGGGCCAAGGUUACGAUCGUGUCACGAUUAUGUCGAGUACCGUGAAGUAUUCGGAACGACUUCGACUGCCACAGGCAUUCGUUAAAUAACGCGAGUCGUCGAACGGCGGCAAGCAGCGACGAGAUCGCGCGAGGACAGCCGAGGAUCUCCUGAAAACGGGAUCGCCGAGAGUCGAAACUUUUCCACAUCGGUGAAGUAAUAAGAAGAAAAUCAAACAAACUCUGUGUUAGUUUAUCAUCAUCGAAGUGGCGGUCGCAAAAGGUUCUAACAUGAGGUCUAAAAGAGACUGGAUUUUUAGAGUCCAGGUACCUAACCUGGAGAAAAGUGAAGUAGUCUACGUGGUUGGAAAUCUAUCUGAGUUAGGUGCCUGGAAUCACAAUCAGGCCAUCCUAAUGCCGCAAGAACAUAGCAGUCAGAGGGAGUCUCCUGUAGUGUUAGACAGUAAUAGUAGUGGGGAUUUCUAUAGCGAAGAAGAUGGAGAUAAUGCAGCUGAUGGUAUAUUUGAAGAUGAUGGACGAAUAUUCUCACAGAAGGUUUCUCUUCCCACCGACGCAAAUAUCGAGUUUAGAUAUUUUAUAGCUGUUAUCUGCCAAUCAAACGGCACUAAAAAUUCGGCCAAAACUUUGAUUAUUCGCAGAUGGGAAACUCAUAUGACACCACGGUUAAUUAGGAAAAAUACACCAAGCAAUUUUAACAAUGAUACAUUGCCAGAUCCUGAUAAAUUUGGCUAUCAUAAUAAUUACUGCAAAAUUGAACGAGGUUGGCUGACAGAUGAAACUGUGAUACAAUUUAAACUUUUUAACAAUCCUAUUAAAUUGUGGAAGAAUCGGCUACAAAACAAAAAAGUUCAUAUUAAGAUGACACCUGUAAAUCUAGUUAGGCAUAAUUCUUUAGAACUGCAACAAUUUGGAGGCGACUGUAUAGACGAUAGUCUUUCUAUGGAUACACAAGAUAUUGUUGAUCAACCUGCCUUUACCAGUAUUACAGAAAUUGCUGUGAUGAAUGAUGAAGAGGCUAGAUUAACGGUCCAGGAACAAUUCGGCCGCCCUUACAAUGAAGACGAGUUUUUAUUCUUCAAUGUCGCCGUUCGGUAUCCUGAAACAAUCGGGUACUUAGUGGACUACUACGUGUACAGCUCAAGGUGUUUUCCGGGAGAACCACCAAAUCACAUUGGUUUCAGCUACAUCUUGCCAUGUGCUUUACAACCUAGUGUUGGGCUUUUAACCGUACCAAUUACUAGUACAAAACAUAGACCCAUUGGCCAAUUGACAGUGGAAUAUGUUGUUAUAAAACCAAUACCGGAUCAUCCAUGGGAUAUGAGUAUUUCAUACGCGAAGCACUGGGAGCAGCGUUGGUCAGGCUUAGAUGUAGGACACAGAGGACUUGGCACAUCUUUCAAAUUCGAAACGAAGAACUGUGCUAAUGUACGCGAGAACACAGUCGCAUCUUUGAAGACCGCGUCAUAUCAUGGUGCGGACAUGGUUGAAUUUGAUGUUCAACUGUCAAAGGAUCUUAUACCUGUGAUUUAUCACGACUUUUACGUAUCCAUCUCGAUGAAGCGUAAAAAGCAGAUAGAAGCUAUGGACAUGCUGGAAAUACCUGUGAAAGAUCUUACUUUAGAACAGCUUCAUCUACUGAAGGUUUAUCAUGUAGCCGAAGGCCGUGAAAAAAAUCCAAGAUUUUUUGACGAAGAUUUGGAAGAUCAUCAACCAUUCCCUACAUUGCAAACUGUUCUGCAAGAACUGGAGCAGCACGUUGGAUGCAAUAUUGAAAUUAAAUGGACUAUGCAAUUGAAGGAUGGCACAUUUGAACUCAAUCAUCCUUUUGAUCUCAACAUGUAUCUAGACAUUAUUCUGAAAGUAGUAUUAGAAUAUGGGGGUGAUCGAAAAAUCGUGUUUUCUUCGUUCAAUCCGGAUAUUUGUGCAAUGAUCCGUCUUAAACAAAAUAAGUAUCCAGUGGUAUUUUUAACACAAGGUAUUACAUCGAAAUAUCCCACUUAUCACGACCCAAGAUGUCAAACCAUCCCGAUGGCCAUGAGACACGCAUUAGCUGCGGAUAUCUUAGGAAUUAACGUUCAUACUGAAGAUAUUCUUCGGGAUCCGUCUCAGGUUAAGUUAGUCAAGGAUACGGGAUUAAUUAUCUUCUGUUGGGGCGACGACAACAAUGAUAAAGAUACUAUCCAAUAUCUGAAAAAACUCGGCUUGCAUGCAGUCAUAUAUGAUAAAAUCGAUGAAUAUAACGCAAAAGAAGUGAAGGAGAGUAUAUUCUUAGUGGACGCUAGAGAAAGUCAAAAAGAGCUAAUAGCCUUGGCACACUGCAGCCAAACACCACAGACACAAAUUUCUUCUCCUCUUAACACAGAUAAAGAUUAUUACUUGAACAGACCAUCAACAACUACAUCCUUGAAAAACAAUGUUGCUGGAGAUAACAUAUAUUCCGUACCAAACAUGAAGUUGCCAAUCAAUUGCGAAGAGAGUAUAGAGAUUAAUAAAAUAACCAAGGAUCUUAGUACCUGUGCGAAUACUUUCGGUCAUUCGGUAAAAACAAACGGCGUCUCUGGCGUAAUGUGCGGACAACCUGCUCCUCUACCUGAGUUUUAUGGAGAAGACGAGACAGCAAAGGAUUGUCUUUGAUGCUUUUCAUUUAAAAAAUCCUUUUUCUCAUGGUUUUGGUGGGGAAAUAUUAGUAAAAGAGAUUCUACACCAUGCGACAGGGAGAUAACUUUUUUCUAAUUUACACUGUACACUGUAGUUGAUAGGCCGAAAUAUUAUUGAGGAUUCGUCUGUACUUCUGAAAUCUGUAAUACUCUUACAUGAAUCGUUAUGCAGAUUACAUAUAAAUAACGCAGAAUCAAAACGAUCAAUGUUGUUCUGAAAUUUGCUAAAAAAACUAACCUUUUUCAUUCCAGUGAGGUCACUUUGAAAGCGUGAUAUGAAAAUCGGAGAUCCACCGAUUAAAAGAAGAACACUAGCCAUGUCUAACAAUAAUAGUAAAACAUGCAGAAAUACAUUUUGGUAAAUCCUAUACCAGAUUACAGAAUAACAUUGAUAUAUAUUAUUUUAAAAUAUCGAUAUAACGUGAUGUGCGAAGAACAGUUUCCGAUUUACUCUUCUCACAUUUUUCCAAUCUAUUCAUUUUUGCGCAUUGUACAGCGUGUGUCGGAAAAAGUAUGUUGCCGGAUUUUUAAAGACAUUUGGAAUUGAUCAUUCCUUAACGAGAAUGAUUUGGAAAUAUCUCUCUCUCUCCCUCCCCCCCUCUAUCUCUCUCUCUUGUGUAUAUUAUUCUAUUAGUAGGUAGUUGUGAUCUGAUAUAUUUGCACUUUUCCGAAGUUUAUUCGUCCAUAUCUGAUUUUUUAAUCUAAAUGUUAAAAAUUCAAAAAUAAGUUUAGAAGAAUCUAGAUAAGCAAAGAUUAAAACAUUCUAUAUGUCUAAAUAUUGAAAUCUCUGAGUAUUCAAGAAUUUAGGCAUACCAAGAUGGAUCCAGGAAUUCAUAGAUCCAAUUUGUUUAUCGAUCUAACGAUUCAACAAUUCGAAUGCCCAAAAAACGUGCCCAGAAAAAUAGGAAUCUAAAUGUAUUUCUUAGUUAUACUUACAUAGUUCGUUAUUUAUUUGCUAGAUUAUAUAAUCUAUGUAAAAAAGAAAUUGAAAAUUUAUUGUUCAAUCCAUUAGCUACCGGCAUACAACUGUUUCCACGCACUCUACGUGCACUCUAGUAAUUUUUAAUGAGAACUUUCUCAGUAUGCUAAUGAAUCCCCCCUGCGCAGGAUAUAGAAAACUUUUAACUCCCGCAAGUCCGACCGCGAUGAGCCGGUGCGGGAGUUAUGUUUUUAGUACAAAUAUCUUCAGGUAUAUCUUUAUUUAUAAUCGAGAAGAAAAUGAUUCUCUCCCGUAUCUCUUCCGCUAUUGAUUCGGAUGAUUAUAACAUAAAUAUGCGAAAAAAAGAAAAAACAUACAGGACAAAAAGAGCGAGUUGCUCGUUAUUCGGAGAGCAAACUAAUGCCAUUAGUUAAUACAAUUUUUUAUGAAUUGUCGAACGAAAAAUUGCGCCGAAUGCGAUAGCGAGUAAUCGCACCGCACCUCGAAUUGCCUUUUUGACAGUUGUAACUCAAGUUUUAAUGUAAGGUAAACUAUUUUUCGUAGUCUAGAAAAUACUUCAUAUUCACUUAUUUAUGUCAUUGUUCGACGCGUAACAAUUUACACGAUUAUUCAACCGGCGUAACCGUAUGAAAUAAAGAAAAAUCAUGAAAGGAACACGUACACAUGUCGUUUUUAUUUUUUUUUUGUUUUUUCACACUUUCAAUACUGAUAAGUCAGUGCACAGUUUUGCUCAUUCUGAGUGAUCUAUUAUAUAUAAUAACGCUGCGAAUAAUUUGCAGUCUCUUCAUGGUAUAUGCCCAACAGACAGACGCGAUGUUCAGAGACUGACUGGCUCACUCGAGAAACUUACCGUACUUUGAAAACUUGGAAUACUUUUUCAAUGAGGAUAGUUUUGGAGCGUGCAGUCUGUCUUCCGUCAUUCUUAGCGCACCAAGUGCGUUCAGAAGGCAUUGAACACAAGAAAUAUCAUUCGCUUUCUAGCACACGUUCUCCUGAAUGUACUAUAUGUUCCUUCGUGAGAAAAAUAAUGUUAACCCUUCAACCGAUAGCUUUGUCCAUCCAUAACUCAUGACAUAAAGACGAGUCAAACUCGUACCGUCCGUUUUGACUUUUGAUAUCAUUACUAUGACUCGCGUUUUUUUUUUUCAUUAGACAUACGAAACACCUCGCUACAGAUAAAUAGGAAACUAACGCUUUGCGC